GAGGUGCAAUGCCCAGACUUGGGUCUUGCCCUCAUGGCUCAAGAGAGAGAACAAAGACAGAGAUGUCUUCUCUGUCCUCAGACAGUCGAAGAAGAUGACGAAGGAAGGAGGGGCAGGUCAGCUUCCCUGAGCAGCAUAUCAGUUUACAACAGAAGGAAGUUAGGUAGAGAAGAGCACAGGUAAAGGUGGGCAAGCCUAGCCAGCUGGAGGACCCUCACUCCAUCUUCCUUCCGGAAUAUAAACAAAAGAACCUGAAGAGGAGUUGCUGUUGCCCCUCUUCCAACAAAAGGCAGGUAAUAUCUAAAUUUGCUUGCUCUGCUGGAUGGCUUCCUGUCAGGAAUGGCUGCCUGUCAGAGAUACUGUACCUGUGGAUUUCCUGCACCAGUAAAGGAUUAGACUAGAUAGCCUCUCAUGUACUUUCCUACUCUGAGACAAAGUGAUCCUGUCUAUUUAAAAGGCAGAGCUGUGAGAUUCAAGAAAGAACCUUUUCCUGUGCCCAAAGGAGAUAUUUUGUUUCAGGCUAAAGUGCCCAGAAAACCAUUUAUUUUAGAAACAGUCUGCUUUGCUUAGAUGUGCAUGCCAUGGACUGGUUUUCCCUCUUAUUGGUCCUUUGUUUGAGAGACAUUUUCUAACAUCCAUCUUGAUGAUGGAAUAAAAAAAGUGCUAUUUUUCGGGGACCAAAUAUCUUGAUGGACCUUCCUGUUCAGAAAUCUUCAUGGACCAGGUGUGCUGGCAAUGGGGAAAGGCUGUAGGGCAGCCUGCCUGGUACAGAUUGUCCUCUUCCCUUUCUUUGCAGCUGAUGAAAGACAGCAACCAGGGGUCUCCACCAGCAAUGUGCGAUGCCUGAACAAUUAUGGGCCUCAGGGCCGCAGGAUGGAUUGCAUGUGGAACCACAAUCAGACCAUGGGAGAGGGACUUUUCUACCUCAAUUUCACUGACCUCCUCACCCUCUACAGUAACCUCAUCUGCAACCUGUCUGCCUCCCGAGAGGCCCAGGACAAUUUCUGCUGCUCUGUGAGUAGUGAAGAGGGCGAGUUCACAGAGAACGAUGAAUAUGGAGUCUCCUUGCAUGCCUCCUCCCCGGGGAACAGCCAGGUCUACCCUGUCUUUGCAGUGUAUGAGCCCAGGUUGCACAUUGCAUGUGAUCCACCCUUUGACCUGCAGAGCAAAAUGAGCUCCAGCAAAUGUCGGAUGCAAUGGAAGAAGCCAGAGGCCUACGAAGACAUUUUCCUUGAUGACUUUCAAUGGGAGAUUGCAUUCAAGGCUGCAAAAGCUCCCUGGGAGCAAGCACAGACCAGGAUCUUAGUCAGCAAAGAAACAUGGGUGGACAUUGAGGGCUACGAGUUCAAGUCUGGUGUAGAUUACAUUGCAAGAAUUCGCUGCAAAACCCCCGAUGUGAACUGGCACUAUAGAAGCCACUGGAGUCACUGGAGUGCCACCACCAAGUGGACAGCUCCCCCAGGCAGCUGGCAGCAGUUUGAUUCCCACCUGCUGAGGUCUGUGCUCAGCCCGCUCCUCUGCCUGGGUGCUCUCCUAGCCCUGCUCCUGGUCCUUAUGAUCUUCUGGAGGUCCAAGGGCAAUGGCUAUGCAAACGUCCCUACCCCUGCAACAUAUUUCCAGCCCCUUUAUCGGUUCCACAACGGGAAUUUCAAGGUAACUGCCCUGAUCUGGGGAGGGGCGACUGAGCAACCGAUCAGGCCUCAGCAGGGGACAAAUAAUGCUCAGGCCGCUGCACGGGGAACCGGGCUUCCGCACGCUCAAAAGUCGCCCAGGCCAGGGAAAGGGCUUUCAGCCGCCGUGGCUUCCCGGGCAGGGGCCUUUGGUAGCCAUCGAGGAGUUCUCCUUCCAAAGCAUGCGGCCCCUCUGGCUACUCCAGCCCUUCCGGACAUGCACUGCACACAUCCCGGCCUGGCCCAGUUCUCCUGCUGCUCCUGGAGAGGCGAGUCCUCAGGCUGGCUCCUUCGGCUCUCUUCCAGCGCUGGGCUGGCCUGCCGGAGAAGGACGCCGGGCGGAAGAGCGGCCGGGAGGCGCCCGCGGAGGUCGGCGAGGCCAUUUCCCAGCUCUCCUGCUUGGCGCCCCCCAGAGCAGAGGCGGCGGCGCCCCCCUGCUCCUGCUGCUCCCCGCCGGACGGCCAGUACGUCGCCAGCCAAGAGGUGCUGCUGGCUGUGGGGGCGCCGUCGCGAACCCAGCCUGGGCCGCCUGCCCGCUGUGGCGGGGGGCGUCGCGACGGAGGAGCCCCCGGUGCCCUCGCCGCUGCGGGGCCCCCCUCUUCCUCGGCCGCCGGCGUGUCCGGAGCAGGACCCCCCGCGAGCAUCGCACCCGGAAGGAGGGCCAGGGCCGACUUACACAGUGGGCACAGUGCCUAGGGCCCACGAUACUUUUAGGGGCCCACGAAAAUGUUUUUUCUUUUAAAAUCAGCACGGAAAAAAUGAACUUUUAAGGUUGAAGAAAAUAUUUUAUUGUUUUUCUCACAUCAGAAAAAAAUGAAACCUUAGGGCCCACGAAACUCUAUUAAAUUUUGCCUAAAACAGAAAAAAAUGAAAUGUUGAAGUAUUUAAAGUUACAUCAAAAAUAAUUUUUAAUAUUAAUGUUAUGAUGGUGGGAGGGGCUCACGAAGGCAUAAGUACCUUGUGCCCCGGUAACUUUUAGGGCCCACAAAAAUGUUUUAUAAGAAAAAAUUAAAAUGUAGUAGUAAUAAUUUAUUUUCACGCCUUUUGGCCUUGAGAGUACGACUGCAUACAUAGAAUACGAAUACAUAAAAUACAAACCAAAAUAAAUAUACAUACAAUUCAAAUCAAAAUGUCAGUCACAUAUUAAUUACCACCGAGAUAAUAUAACAAUUCUCACUGGAGCUUAUAAACUAUAUUAACUUAUUAACUUAUAAGAGAAAAUAAAUAUAAUUUGCAUUCAGUCAACACCAUUUCGACGUAAGAACACAAAUUUAUUCUCUAAAUUUUAACUUUAUGGCAUUUUUUAUUGGCAAAUUCCUGGAUUAUUUCAUCAACAGGCAUGUUUUUUAAUAACUCACUUUCAAUAGAGAGUGGAGAGAGGUGAGUUAAUUUUGUUUGUGACAUAGUGGAAUGUAGGUAGUUUCUGAUGCGAUUUAAUUUGGAAAAUGACCGUUCUUCUACAUUUGUGCCAAAAACUGAUAAAUAAAUUCUUAAUGCGAUAUAUACAUUGGGAAAACUUGUAACUAGAUUUUUUUUCAAUUUGUGCAGCAAGCAAUUCAGUCAUGGUUUUCUUUUCAGGAAACCAUCUCGAAAAUGAUAAAAAUUCGUUAACAAACUCUUCUUCGAGAUAUGUAGGGUAUAUUUCAACCAGUGCUUUUCCUUUGGAAACAAUUCAUCUUCAAGCAUAGAUCUGUCAAAAUUAAACCUGUUAUGUAGUGAUUCAUAGGCAGCUCGUCUUUUUCUCAAUUCUGUUAUUAACCUGUCUAUAAUAAUAUAAAAAACUUGAGUUUUGAAUUUGUCUGAAGCGUUUGAAUUUAAAUUUAUGCUUUCAUCGGUUUCACUGUUAACUCUAACUUCGACAAAAAAUAAUUUUCUUUUUCGCUGACGUUCUAUGACUUUAUACUCAGAUUCUGGUGUACUUUUCCCCCCUAAAUCCUCAAAUUUGUGAAACUUGUCUCGUGUUCUAUGCAAAUAAAACAAAAGGCUGUCGUAAAGAUUUAUUAUUGUACAUAAUUCGAUGCCGGGCUGCUGUAAAGUUGUAUUAAUAUGAAUAUUUUGGAGAAUGUCCUUCCAAAUGACACACAUCAGAGCUGUUUCAAAAUUCUUAAGUUUUUUGACAAGAGCCUUUGCUUCAUGAACAGUAGCAGGUGGUUGUCGCUCGCAUUCAAUUAUACUCAAUAAAGCUUGAUGAAUUCCAAUAUAAUUUUCAUAAAAAGCUUUAGUAGCAUCGUUCCUGGCUGACCACCUAGUUUCAGAUAAACUGUGCA